AUGUCCCAUCCUUCGAAAAACUCCCUUCAGUCUAAACCACACGGUGAUGACCUGACACAUGCAAUUGCAAAAUCUCUAUAUAUACUCCCAACCGAUGAACAGGAGCGUAAAAGACUGGAAGUUCAACAUGAAGUCCUUCGAAACGCAUUCGGGGGCCGUAUUGUCUUUGCUCCAAUUGAGCUGCACGCAGGAGACAAUAUACUCGAUAGCGGAGCUGGAUCAGCAACCUGGCUCCUUGACUGCUAUAACGCCAACAAGGACGCUACCUUCCGUGGGAUCGAUUUAAAGACGGAUAUUUUUCCAGAGCUCGAUGAUAUACAAAAGCAACAUAUACAGUUGGGGACGGGGAACGUUCUACAGCUACCGAACGGUUGGACCAGCAAUUUUCAGCUAGUGAACCAGAGACUCCUUAUCGCAGCGUUAUCCAAAGAGAAUUGGAACACAGCUGUGGAGGAAAUUUUCCGUGUCCUUGCUCCAGGAGGCUGGGUGCAGCUCGUCGAAGCUAGUCAUUGUGUAGCUGGAGAGGCAACGCAAAGGCACUUUUCGAUGCUUCAGGACCUCUUUGUUAAAAGAGGUCUAUUGCUCAAUUGUGUCGAGCAUAUUCCGAAUAUCCUCAAAAGCGCCGGGUUUGACAAAAUCACGACACAGCGUCUUGAAAUUAGCCUUGGAGGUGGGGACGACGAGGACGAGAUGAAAGCUAAAGCUCGAGAGAGUUUCAUUGGUGUCUACAAGGGAAUGCAAACUCCGGUAGUAAGGAUGGGGAUUCGAACAGAGGGUGAAUUUAUAGAGUUGGUGGAAGAUCUAGAAAUGGAAUGGGAGAGCAACGCUCAGUCAAAGGUUAUCUUCUACGCUUUUACCGCCCAGAAACCGACCGUGUCGGUUUGA